CGAGACAGGACGAUCGUCUGCCAGACUGAGCCGUCUGCUUUUUCAGGUAUAAAUCGGAACAUUUUCGAUGGAUCCUUACCAUUCCUCGUGGAUUUGACAACAUCUCGAGAUCGUCCAAUAUUCUGAGAAGCUUAGGUACUUCGUUGAUUGUUUUACGACACUCUGAUUACAAUGUUUCCGUCUGCGAUCGCCAUGAAGCCUGCCCUGAAGUUCCCAUCCCGGCGUGGCAGUGACGGAGAGACAUCGGACUCAGAUCAUUGCGAGGACAUCUACGAUGUCAGUCCAAUGCAUGGAUGCACCGAUGCCUUCCCCAGUGCGGCUGCGGCGCCCAAGUGGAGUGUGCCCGACCAGAUGGUCGUGGACAGCCCGGUGUCGCUGGCCCCUGCGGACCCGACUUACCUGAACGAGUGGUUUCUGAUGAUGAAGAGCAACGAAGUGAAGUUCCAUCCCGUCCAGUUCCUCAACAACCAACCUCAGAUCACACCUGAGAUGCGAGGCCUGCUGGUGCGAUGGUUGACGCAGGUGUGUCAGACCGUGCGACCGCGCCUCCUACCGGAAACGCUGUUCCUUGCAGUCAACAUCUUGGACCGUUUCCUGGCCGUGACACCACUCGGACUGGACUGCCUACAGCUUCUUGGGGCCACUGCGCUUUUCAUCGCCGCCAAAAUGGAGGAAGUCCACCCCCUGUGUGCUGAGGAGAUUGUAGAGUUGUGUGAUGAAGGGCAGUACACACGUGGGCAGCUCAGAAUGCUGGAGAGACGAGUCCUGAGUACGCUUGGUUUCCACCUGACCGUCCCCACCUCCAUCCUGUUCCUGGAGCACCUGGCAGCGCACGGGCAGUACGACCAGCUGACCAGCUGUCUGGCCAGACACCUGCUGGUGACGUCGCUGCAGGAUUACGUCAUCUGUCAGCACGCUCCCUCCAGCCUCGCUCUCGCAGCGCUCAACUUGGCCGCGAGUCUCGUUAACAGUAACACUAGGAUGAACACCUGCCCAGGUGUAGACAGGUGCAUUCUGGACCUGCAGCUGGUGCUGAUGACGAUGAUGGACAGCCUCCCCCUCCCGGACCUUCUCAUGGCGUGUUACCAGCAGUACCACCAGUGAACUCUGACCUCCGGCACAUUCAACAUGGCUGCUCUCAUCGUACUUACCACACGUUUUCUGAGGUGAUACUGAACAACUUUGGAUGGAACAAUGUGAACGUUCGCAAAAUCCACUUCUCAAUGGUGUUAUCAUAAUCUCGAUUUGAUCCGAGUUGUAUCUGAAAGAUGCAUUUUAACAUUGUGGUGUACCGUAUAUUGUACUGUCAUUGUGUAAGAUUAUUUCGUAUUCAUGCUGGUAUGACGUCUUUGUUGUUGACAAAAAUGUUGUUCAGAUGAAUUCACAAAGUGCAAUACUUAAUGUAAUGUGAUGUGAUGUAUAAAAUGUUGAGAGUAGUUGGAAAAUUGUGAGAAUAUCGUGAAAUUGUACAUAAAAUCUAUAUGCUAUGCUGCUAUUUUAAAAGAAAUGAAAUUAUGAAUAUGAGACAACCAUUGUGU